CAAUGGGGUUUUAGUCCUCGGUGCAUUUGAACCAGAUACCCGUGUAAUUUUAUCCAUUUGUAUUUUUAUCUUUUCUCAACAUAGAAAGAGUGGCCAUCUGUUUGAAACCCUACAUCAAACCCAGUCAUUUCCAAAGCUGCUUUUGGGAGGUGAGAGAAACUUCUGUCUUCCUUUGGGUCUCUCAACACACUGAAUAUUCACUGUACCUCAGUAAAAGAUGGAAUCUAAAGUUUCUGAGGGUGGUCUGAAUGUGACCCUCACAAUCCGACUGCUGAUGCAUGGCAAGGAAGUUGGAAGCAUCAUUGGCAAGAAAGGAGAAACAGUGAAAAAGAUGCGUGAGGAGAGCGGUGCACGAAUCAAUAUCUCAGAGGGGAAUUGUCCAGAGAGGAUCGUGACCAUCACUGGCCCCACAGAUGCCAUCUUCAAGGCUUUUGCCAUGAUUGCUUACAAAUUUGAAGAGGAUAUAAUCAACUCCAUGAGCAACAGUACAGCUACCAGUAAGCCGCCAGUAACGCUGAGGCUGGUCGUGCCAGCGAGCCAGUGUGGGUCACUGAUUGGCAAAGGAGGCUCCAAGAUUAAGGAAAUCAGGGAGUCAACAGGUGCCCAGGUUCAAGUGGCGGGGGACAUGCUGCCCAACUCCACCGAGAGGGCGGUGACCAUCUCGGGAACCCCCGACGCAAUAAUCCAGUGUGUCAAACAGAUCUGUGUGGUGAUGCUGGAGGUACAGUCUGUAACAACGGGGUCCCCACCGAAAGGUGCCACCAUCCCCUAUCGCCCAAAGCCCGCCUCCACCCCUGUCAUUUUUGCAGGUGGUCAGGUAAGAGCCGACCCGCUUGCAGCCUCCACUGCCAACCUCAGCCUUUUACUGCAGCACCAGCCGCUGCCCGCCUAUACAAUUCAGGGACAGUAUGCUAUUCCACACCCAGAUCAGUUGACCAAGCUCCACCAGUUGGCUAUGCAGCAAACCCCUUUUACUCCCCUUGGACAGACCACCCCUGCUUUCCCUGGAGAAAAGCUGCCCUUACAUUCCUCCGAAGAAGCUCAAAAUCUGAUGGGCCAAUCAGCAGGUUUGGAUGCCAGUCCCCCGGCCAGUACUCAUGAACUCACCAUUCCCAAUGAUCUAAUAGGUUGCAUAAUCGGACGCCAAGGGACCAAAAUCAAUGAAAUUAGACAGAUGUCUGGAGCACAGAUCAAAAUCGCCAAUGCCACAGAAGGUUCAUCGGAACGCCAAAUUACCAUCACAGGAACCCCAGCAAACAUCAGCCUUGCCCAGUACCUCAUCAAUGCCAGGCUGACGUCUGAGGUCACUGGAAUGGGUGCACUCUAAAUUUCUACCUGUCAUAUUCCACGGUUCAUCCUCUGACCCUAUCAAGCCAAUGACUCUUCACCCAGCAUCUACAGCCUGCAAU